UAAAUUUCCAAAUUUGAAAAUUUUAGCCAGAGACAGGUUCAUAGACAAACAGGACAGGUUGUCUCUGAUUUUAGCAUACUCUUUUUUAAUAUUAUACUAUAGUCAAACACUGCUGGCAGGUUCAAAAUGAGUAAAUUAGCGUUGGUUACACCUGUUAGGUAUCCUUUCAAAUCUAGUAAGAAUAAAUUUGUAGUUUCACUUUGUUCACGCUGGUACUGUAAAUCUGAUCAUGAAUCGUCUGACGUAAAAUCGAUUGAGGAUCAGAAAAAGGAUACUAACAAAUCUGAUACUAAUGAGAAGGCGAGAUUAACAAGGUUGAAUACUCUUUUGAAAACAAUGAUUGAAGAUUCACCCAAAUUGACUGCAUCACGUACUGUAGAACUAGCAAAGCCGAUUGCAAAAUGGGGAAAGUCGAUAAAGAAUGUCAAUAAUGAAACGCCAACACAAGCACCUAAAAUUAAAGCAGAGCAGGACAUUAUAACAGCGGCUAAAGAAGUUGCUGAAACAUUAGGUGGUGACACAAAAAAAACAGAGUCUGAACUGUUGAAAAAACUACUUGGCAAUAAGGAAGAGGAGGAAACAGAUGCAAUAUCAAGCCUGAGUGAUAUACUUAAAGGUAUGAAAAUAGAUAGAAGCAAACCACAUGUAGAACAAAAAACCCGUUCAGAACAAGUAAGGCAGUUGAUGAAUCGAAACAUGAAGCGACAUCAACCAAGUCCAGGAAGGCCCAAACAAAAUGAACCUCCUAAGAGAAGACAAAUUAGAAACUUUGAUAUUAUCAAUCUUUAUGGAACCGAACCAUUAGGAAUAUUUACAAGUGAUCCUAAAGAAUACACUGACCAUGUGGAAAAUACUACAUGGAAAUCUUUAACACAAAGGGAAAUGAAACUGCUUACCACUCAUCCUCCCAGUAAUUAUUUCCAAGAAAUGAUACUGUGGACAGAACAGGGCAAACUGUGGAAAUUUCCCAUUGACAACGAACAAGGCCUUGAAGAGGAGAAUAACAUAUCAUUUGCUGAACACGUAUUUCUGGAUAAACAUCUGGAAUCAUGGUGUCCACCAAAAGGACCUAUUCGACACUUUAUGGAAUUAGUAUGUAUUGGUCUAUCCAAAAAUCCUUACCUCACAGUGAGCGCAAAAAUAGAACACAUUGAGUGGUACAGAAACUAUUUCGAGGAUAAACGGAAUCUUCUUAAAGAUGUUGGUGCUGCAUUGAAUGAGCAAAAAUGUUUGGAAUGAAAGUGUAGAAAACAAUGAAAAUAAAAAUGCAUUUAUAUA